GAAGAACGAGCUGCAAAGGUUUUUGAAUGGAAAAUAUGCAACAAUUGUUUCCGUCGUGGCCACUCUUCUUAUCAAUGUAGGCUCGGUGGCUGCCGCAUCUGUAGGCGAAAACACAACACAAUGUUACACAAACAAUCAUCUCUUCCACACGCACAACCAGUACAACAAAUACAACAAAGACAAUCACUACAACAAUCUGAGAGUUCUGGAUCUACAUCUCUAAUAACUACAAACAACAAUUCAAUCCAGAGCGAUCAGACUUCUUCUGAUGAACAAAUAGACAAUUCAACGGUGAUUUCUAUGUCUGCUGUCUCCUCCAACCCAGCUCUUCUGUCUACGGCUUUGGUGGAGGUUACAAACAAUGACAAAAAAUACACUCUGAGGGCUCUGCUUGACAGCGGAAGUCAAUCAUCUUUUAUAACGGAGGCUGCUCGCGCCAAGAUUGGUGCAACUUCAAUUAAGGAGCAACUCAAAUGCAUCUCUGGUCUUAACAAUGCCACACUAAACAUAACGGAACAUUGCAAAUUAAAAAUAAAGUCAUUACAUAACUCAUUCACCGCUCCGGUCAAGUGCUAUGUGCUUCCUAUGAUUACAGACCGGUUGCCCCAAAUGGAUAUCAAAGUGAGUGAGUUGAAUAUCCCCACAAGCAUCAUCUUAGCUGAUCCCACAUUUUAUAUUUCUGGUGAAAUUGAUUUGCUAUUGGGAGCAGACAUCUUCUGGGAUAUUAUUAGUUCCGCAAAAAUCAAAUUAGGUUUUAAUAAGCCUCUUCUUCAUGAAACCCAGUUAGGUUGGGUAGUUGCUGGCCCCAUGGGAGGGAAAUACAUAAAUUCACAACAAACAUACUGUAACUUCAGUAAAGACAUUCAACAGCAACUUACAAAGUUUUGGGAACUCGAAGAUGUUCCACCAUCAGAGAAAAUUGAGUCUGCGGAUGACAAUUUUUGCGAGAAACAUUUCAACGAUACUACCUAUCGCGAUAACGAUGGUAGAUUUUGCGUGACUAUGCCGUUACGUGAAUCAUCCGAUGUAUUAGGUGAAUCCUAUAAUAUAGCCGAAAAACGGUUAUUUCAAAUGGAACGAAAAAUGCGGAACAAUUCUUCUCUACGUCAGGAAUACAACAAGUUCAUGCAUGAAUAUGAAAGUCUAGGGCAUAUGACUGAAAUAUCUGAUUCUACAUCUGGGUACUACUUACCACACCAUGCUGUUAUUAAGGAGAGUAGUACGUCCACAAAGGUUCGUGCAGUUUUUGACGCCAGUGCAGUGACGUCAUCGGGCAAAUCGCUAAACGAUAUACAACACGUUGGCCCAGUCGUACAAGAUGACUUAUUUUCGAUUUUACUGCGUUUUAGGCAGCAUCAAUAUGUAGUCACCGGUGACAUAGAGAAAAUGUAUCGACAGGUGGCAUUAAAUCCGGGUCAACGACACUUGCAACAGAUUUUAUGGCGCGAUAGUGAAGACAAACCAAUCAAGAUAUUUCAGCUCAAUACCGUAACAUAUGGUACGGCUUCAGCCCCUUUCCUAAGCACUAGAUGCUUACUUCAGCUAGCAAAAGAAUGUACUGACGACAAGGUUUCUGAAUCCAUAAAGCACGAUUUUUACAUUGAUGACUAUAUAACAGGAAGCCACUCCGAAGAGGAGCUAAGGCACACCCUAACUUCUGUAACAGAAAUUCUUCAAUCCGCAUGUUUUCCGUUGCGAAAAUUUAGAACAAAUACACCAUCAAUAUUUAAAAACUUCGAAAACUUCAUUGACCCCAAAGAUCUCGAUUUAAAUUCGCAAGCAGGUACAUUAGGACUUCAAUGGGACCCUGCAGAUGAUGUGUUUAAAUUCCCAAUGAACCUAGAUUAUUCAUCUAAAAUUACAAAGCGUUCCAUCUUAUCAGACUCAUCCAAGCUGUUUGAUCCGCUAGGUUUGCUAAGUCUGUGUACAAUCACGCCAAAGAUCAUCUUGCAGAGGUUGUGGAUGACAAAGUUAGAUUGGGAUGAUCCCAUUCCUUCAGAAAUAGAAGCAGUUUGGCGUAAAUUUCUAUUAAGUUUACAAAAUCUGACAACAAUUUCCAUACCGCGGUAUGUACUUAUCAAGGAGCCUACUAGUGUUGAGCUACAUUCAUUUUGUGACGCAUCUCAAGAUGCUUAUGCGGUAUGCGUCUACUUACGAUCUAUCGACAUCUCCGGUCAGGUUCAAGUAAAAUUAUUGUGUGCAAAAUCUAAGGUCGCUCCUGUAAAGACGCAGACUAUACCACGGUUAGAGUUAUGUGGUGCUGUGCUAUCGGCCCGGUUAGUCUCAAAAAUAUUGCAAUCACUCAGACUAACCAUAAGCAAACAAUGAAUUAGCAAGAUUUUUGAAAACAUGCAAUGAAUCCAUCUCAAGCUUUGCUGCCAACGAAGGUAUCACAUUCAAAUUCUCACCGGCUUACUCUCCCCACUUUGGAGGGCUUUGGGAGGCAGGCGUUAAAUCCGCUAAAUUUCAUUUAAUACGCAUGAUAGGUAACAAUCAUAUGACAUUUGAGGAGCUUACAACGUUAUUUGUUCAAAUAGAAGCAAUUUUAAAUUCGCGACCGCUUACUCCUUUAUCGUCGGAUCCGACCGACCUUUAUCCAUUAACUCCGGCGCACUUCCUGAUCGGUCGGCCAUUAACCUCGCUACCAUCACCAGCACUAAUAGACGUCCAGCCAAACAGAUUAAGCCACUAUCAGCUGAUCGAACAAACCAGACAACACUUUUGGGAUCGCUGGCGUCACGAAUUCCUAUGCGAGCUACAGCAAAGAUCAAAAUGGCGUAUCAAUCAAGGCCAGAUACAAAUCGGUGACAUGGUCAUCUUGAAAGAAGCCAACUUAUCUCCGCUUCAAUGGCGCUUGGGUCGCAUUCAGCAACUACAUCCAGGACAAGACGGCGUCGCUCGAGUCGCAGAUGUACUAACCACAAGAGGAACGGUUCGACGAGCCAUAAGAAACAUGUGCCCACUGCCGAUGACGAGAGCUGAAGACUCGAGUACUCGAAACCCCACAGAUUUCGAGGGGGGGGAGAUUGUCUACGACCAGACUAGCACAGAAAGUGUCUGCAACCAGCCGGCAGCCUAAACAAAUACAUCUGCAAGCAGCCGGCCAGCCUAAAGAAACCAUAGACACAUAGAAGAUACUCUGUGACGUUUGCCGCCAACCGGCGACAGUGACUUUUCUUUUUCACUUCUUUUUUUAACCUUAAAACUUUUAACACGUUUCUUUCAUACAACUUUUGCAAGAUAUUAAUUAUCAAGAUAUACAUGUAAAAACCUGCCAAUAAACCAAUAUUCUGUUAAGUAAAGCUGAGUUACAUCAUUUAAUCCAAGAACAACCUCAAGAUUAAACAACUU